UUGUUUUCUUCUUAUUUCAGACAUCCUAAUGUAAUUAUAUUGACAACAUCGAACAUAACUAGAGCCAUAGACGUUGCGUUCGUGGACAGAGCCGACAUCAAACAGUAUAUUGGUCCGCCAUCAGCCAAAGCUAUUUACAAAAUUUACCAUUUGUUUCUUUGUCGACAACGAUGUAACACACUGUAGUCUUGAAUUAAAGAAGAUAGCCGAAAAAAGUUAUCAACUAAGUGGUCGAACUCUUCGUAAACUACCAUUCCUUGCACAUGCGCUGUACUCAAAAGCGCAAACGAUAACCUUAGAAGAGUUUUUGAAUAAGCGUGCAAAUGUGAUCUUUUUAGCGAUUCUAUACUUUUUAUACAUUCAUAGUAAUAUUUUGGAUAUGUUUUGUUGAAGAUUAAGAUUUUUGUAUUGCUCAAUUUAAGUUCAAUAAGUAACAUAGAUCACAAAGUUUGCUAAUUUAUAUUGAUGCUUUAAGACUCCUUACAUGACGUUUCCGAAACACACCCGAGGUCAAAGUUCGUAUAUAUUAAAAUGCAAUAAUGUGUAUAGUUCGUUAUUGAGGAUAAUGUAUAGAUUAUUUUACAUAGGGAAAGAUAUUUAUACGCUAUAGUUAAUUGUAACUGUUUAAUUUCAACUUAUGUUUACAUUAAAUGACAUCCUUAAGCCAACUUUACUAAUAUUGAUCGCUAUUUUCGUGUUAUACAUCUAUAAUCAUCUUGUUGUUAAAGAUUUGAAGCUUUGCUGCGAUAAUACAGCAGAGAAUUAUUCUCAUUAUGAUUUGGUCGUUGGAAUACUUUCAUCGCGCGGCAACUUUGAUUUGAGGCAAAGUUUACGUGAAUCAUGGGUUGGCUAUGCAAGACGACAUUCAUCUCUAAAUAAAAGGCUCUCGGCGACUUUAAGUUUUUCCUUUGUAAUGAAAACUGACGAUGAUUGUUUUGUUAACCUGGAGACCAUCUUACAGGAAAUGGAAAGUCAUAAUUUAAAAAACACGUCUAAAUUGUGGUGGGGAAGCUUUCGUACUGAUUGGUUGAUCGAGAGACAGGGAAAAUGGGCCGAGCCUGAUUAUCCGGGAGUGGCUUAUCCGACAUUUGCCUGCGGUGCGGGCAGCAUUAUAUCUUCGGAUAUUGUUCACUGGCUGGCAAAAAACGAGAAAUCUCUAAAACGUUAUCAGGGGGAGGAUGUCUCUAUGGGUAUUUGGUUAUCAGCUAUUGCUCCUGAAAUUUAUAAGGAUGAGCGAUGGUCGUGUUUCGGGGAUUGUCAGAUGGAAAUGUUUACCUUGCCCGAGCAGGAUGCCGAUUCUCUUCUCUAUUUAUGGGAAAACUUUAUGUCCUGCGGUAAUCCUUGCAAAUGUUGAGGAGUUAAUCUUUAUGUGGAAACAUCUUCGUGGUAGUCAAGUUGUACCACAGUUCAUUGUCAAAUCUCAUCUUUCCUGAAACAGGAUCCAUAAAUAUUCUCUUCAGUAGAACACACGGCCAUAUUCCUCCAAGAAUCUUUUCAAUAUCACGAGGAUUCAACAGAAACGUUUGACAUGACCGUUAAAGUUUCUUCAUCGGAAACGCUACUACCGUUUGGUAGGGCGAUAAAACGAUCAGCGUUUUUAAUAUCUUCUAUUAAACUUCCACCUCUUUCCUCGCGUGUGAACACGCUACCGUUGCUUGUCAAGCUGUCGGCAACGUUCGACACCUUUUGACCAAUUUUAUCGGGAGAUUCCGAAUCUCGACCCUGAGCGCUCUCCGUCUCGCUGUUGAAUCUGGAGUGACGAGUCUCGCUACUCGUGGAAAUGUAGCUGUUUUCUUGUGGACUUCCUUGUUGUCGUCUCUGCUCUCGUUGUUGUUUGUAUUCACAUGCUGCAAGUUUCGCAGUCAAAUCACGUAUUUCCUCCUGUGAAAAGUGUAAGGAUAAUGAUUUUAAUAUAGGAAUGUCAUUAAUUGAACAUCAAAUCGGCUUAUUUCAUAAGUGUUAACGGAUUCUUUGCUACAAUUUCAAUGGUUUUAAUUGAGGAUAAUUACUCUAUAUUGAAGAUGAUAAUCUCUGUAAAUUGGGGAUAAUAAUCAACUACAAGUGAUAAUGAUCA